AUGGACACCACUGAUUUUUAUACUCCAGUGAAGGAACUCCCCAAUAAACCUAUCGUUCCCCCUAUAUCAUUCAAACCAUCCAUAUCCACAAAUGAAUCUUCUUUACACAAACUAAACAAUAAUCCACAAACAGCCAAACCCAUCGACCCAAGCUUAUUCACAAACUCCGCCAACAGUACCAUUUAUUAUCGACCUCCGUCUACAUCCAUUGAUCCAAACUUUGGCUUAAAAGACCAAGUGGAAUCGAAACCAAUAUUACGAUUAAAACAGCCUAGAGCAGAAGAUGUCGACCCAGUUAGUGGGAACUGGACCAAUCCUGUGUUGGAGACAGCAUUAAAACGUCAGAUCAAUAAAGAGGCCGUGGUUAAAGGCAUAAUGUCAGCGGUUUUGUUCCUUUUAGUGAUAGAGCUAGGCAAGAGGGUGAUGAAAAUGGCAGUAAAUUUCGAUGCCACAUCCCCUGCCAGUAUAAUUGAAGGGAUAUUGGUGGUGAAGAUAGUUUAUGGUGGCAUUAAAUUGGCACGGGGCCAAGACCAGUGCUUGGACUUACCGUUAAGUAACAAGCAGAGAUCCAUGCUUGGACUCAGGAUGAUAGAGGGUAAUGAUGUUAAGAUAAGUCACGAAAAGUUUGCUAGGAAUGUAAAUAUAGAGCGAUGA